AUGGAGCUUAACCAGGCUGUUGAGUGGAGCCGUGAAGAGAAUGUUGACUUGUCUCAUGCCAUUCUUCUUAGCAGAGUGCCACUGGAGGCUACGAAUGAUGUUGUUAGCCGCGUGCUCAGUACAGUGAAAGUCUUCGGUCGGACUCGGAUACGUGGUCGCCGUAGUGACAGCACUGGUAGGCACUUGUACAUUUUAGUGGAGACUUCCGCUGAGUUGGAUCAGAGCUGUGUCCCUCCUGAAGUGGGAGUGGUAGGUGAUGCAGGUCCUUGGGCUGUUCAUGUUGUGAGUAGCUUAAUAACUGCUAGUUCUGUUCCUGCAGGCGAUGAUUUUGAAGCCAAGCUGUCAGCAUUUCUGCAGCAAGAGGGUAAGUCCAUGGGUGAUGUUAAGGCGGCUGUGCUGGGCCCACAGCCUCCUAAACCUGAUGUCAGUUUUGAGCUUGUGCAUGCCAUCGGUCAGCUUGUUGAUCGCUGUAGCCAGGCAUCUGUUGAUGCGCCUGGGUAUAGAAAGCUGAGGCUGUUCUCUGGCCUUCGUCCUGUUCCUGCUGGUGAGGAAGAGUAUGAGGUUUGGAUGGAGCAGGCUACACAGAUGGUCACUGAGUGGCAGUGCAGUGACUCAGCGAAGCGACAGCACAUCGUCGAGAGUUUGCGUGGGCCUGCUGCAGACAUAGUAAGAUUCUUAAAAGUCAGUAGUCCGUCAGCUACCGCUACUGAUUAUCUCGCUGCUCUUGACACUACUUAUGGUUCUACGGAGUGUGGAGCUGAUCUUAUGGCCUUGUUUCGCCAUACCUUUCAGGACGACGGAGAGAAGCUUUCAGCUUUCCUGUACCGUUUAGAUAAGCUUCUUCACCGCGCUCUUCUGAGAGGGGGGAUUGACGCUGCCGGCCUAAAUCGUGCUCGUCUUGAGCAGCUGUUCAAAGGUGCUCUCACCACUGACAUUGUGGCUUUAUGUGUGCGACUUCUGCACACUCUGCAAGCUCCGCCUUCUUUUUCAGAGUUGAUGCGAAGUGUGAGGGAGGAAGAACACUGGGUUAGUGCGAGAGAGAGUGCGAAAGUUUCUGUUUCCUCUGCUGUUACUCCACGGGCACCCGUAACCACUGUUUUUCCUCCAGUGCCCGUGACAGCUGCUGUUGCUCUUCCCCAUGUGCCAGUGAGCCCAGUGGCAUCGGAGGUGGAUAGUCUGAGGAAAGAGGUCAAGGAGCUGUCAUCUUUGGUGUCGAAACUUUUGACUGCUGUCACUGUAGCCCCUGCUACUCCAGUCAGACCAUGUAGCGCAAGCCAGAGCACGGAGACCACUGCCCCAGCUUUUUCCACAAGAACUGUUCCUUCAAGCUUGCCGAAAUCUACAGCACCCACUCCUGUUCCUGGCAUUUUCUGCUAUAAGUGUGGUGAAGAUGGCCACACCACUCAUGAGUGCACGCGUCAUGAGAACUUGCGGUUAGUGAAUCAGAAGCUGCUGAAGAGGGUCAAGCAGCAGGGAAACUCUCCCGGAGCUCAGUGA